AUAAAGGUACACAUUUCCUGACGAAGCCUUCCGCCUUAGCGGAACAAACACACCCUGAAUUCUUGCCUCGCUGCCUCGGCGCAACGCCGAGGGCCGCUUUCCCACCCCUGCGCGCGCGCUGAAAGCGUUCGCGAGCGAGUGUGUGUCUACGAGAAAGUGCCAAACAAAGAACGAGUUAUACAGCGGGACCGCCGAUCACAAACAAGCGUCGUUGGUUCGCUAGUGGCGCGGCGCCCAUCCUCCUACGCCCCAUGACAGCGCUAGGCCUAUCGGCGCUGCUGCGUCGCUGCUUGGCAUUCCCGAGCGCUUCAGUAAUCGGAGGCGAGGCGUUGCCGCCGCAGCAGCAGCAGUAGUGAGUGUGUGACUCGUCAUCGGCGCGUUACGGCGGUGGAGGAGCCACUCCGCCAGGGCAUGCCGUGAGAGGGCGGCGAAAAAAAGAUGCGCGUCGCGACGGCCUCCUCAGCAACGGGAGCGACGACAACGGUGACGAUACCUGCUACGGCAGUGAGAGGCCUGCGAACGCCAAUAUGCCGUUCCGACUCAAACUCAAGAAGAGCAAGCACUACAGCGUCGUCUCCAAGAGCCUGUGCGUCAUCGCCGUCAAGCUUCUCGAGAACGCGACGGUCGAAUGCAUCGUCUCCUCUCGGACAGUGGGUCGCGAGUGCCUGCAGAAUGUGUGCCAGCGACUGCAGAUCACGCAACCCGAGUACUUCGGCCUGCGAUACCAGACGCGAGACGGCCAGCAGCGAUGGGUGGACCUGGAGCGGCCGCUCAAGAAGCAGCUCGACAAGCACGGCGCAGCGUCGUCGCGCGAAAGCGGCGGCGGCUGCUGCAGCCUACAGCUGGGCGUCAUGUUCUACGUUCCGGACGCCGCGCAGGCUCGCCGCCUUCUGCAGAGUGACGUGACGCGCUACUAUUACUUCUCGCAGCUCAAGAGCGACGUCAUCGAGGGCAAGCUGCCGUGCGACCGGCGUGAGGCGAUCCGGCUGGCUAGCUACAGCCUGCAGGCCGAGUUCGGCGACCAUCGGCCCGAACACCACACCGCCGAGUACCUGCGCAACUUCGCCCUCUUUCCGAAGUCGGUGCUGCUCGCGUGCGCCAAUGAAGAGGAGGAGGCGGCGCUGCUCGACGAGAUAGUGAACGCCCACAGAAGUCUGCAGGGUUUGGAUCACGCGACCGCGGAGCUCUACUACAUACAGGCCGUGCAGAGGCUUGAAGGGUACGGCGAAGAGCGCUUCGAAGUCCGCGACGCCUCUGGCGUCGACAUGGUUCUCGGCGUGUCGGUGCAGGGAGUGACCGCGCGACAUGUGCGCCGGAGCUUCGAGCAGGAUAACUCGCAGGCUGCAGCGCACACUUCCACCCAAGAGCAGCAGCUCCCACAUGUAGUGUACCAUUGGAGUGAAAUCGUGGACCUCAUCCACCACAAACGUUGUUUCAAGAUUGUUGGUCGCGACGCCGCGCACUCCGGCCAGUUCCACCUUGACGACGUCAGCACGGCAAAGUACAUAUGGAAGAUGUGUGUGCAGCAACACGGGUUCUUUAUGGGCAUGCAGGAGACUGCGUCAUCGCCGGGAGGCAUGAUGGGAGAGACGUACACGCGGGCGACAAGUGGUAGCGUUGGUGCUGGCGACAGCUUUCGUUGGGCAUCUGUGCCAGAUGUGGAAAACGCUAGUGGGGAACGAGGGACAGAUGUUGGAGAGAGCCGUGAGUCACUUGACGAGCUGGGGGUUUACCACACUGAAACGCGAAACAGCGAGAAUUACACAUUUCCUGGUAGCACCAGUGAACUGGUCAACCCAAACCAGAACGGCUAUGACCAUCAUCCAACCAACCCUCUGCCUGUCAGAGAGAAUGCUGUUGCUUCCACGGAGCACAUUCCUAGAAUGGUGUCUAAUGAAAUCGGUCAGCAAGUCAACAGUAUGCACCACUCGUAUGUGAGCCUCCCACGUAGCUCUGAAAGUGCAACUGAUCUGCGGCGAGCACUUCUGCCAUCGUACCGACAGGCACCCGACUACGAAACUGCAGUGCUCACCAAAUACGGAGUCACCAGCUGUAGCCUCAACGACCUUCCUCUCGAAACUCAACAGAAUAGUCAAGUGUAUCACCAGCAGCAUCCUGCACUGACGACGUCGGCAGCGACAAAUGAACUGGACUUGAGUUUGUCACGCUCUUGCAACCCUCUACUUCCACCGCUGUCUUACAUGCAUUAUGGCAACUUUGCUGAUUUGACUGAGCUUGGCGACUCCAUGUCCUUUGGUGAUCUUGCGAACAACAACAACCGCAUUGAUGGUGUUGCACAUGGCAGAGCACCACCGCUCCUCGCUCCACCGUUGCACACAUACAGCACUCCGGAGUUGACAUCUCAGGGACUGUCGUACGAGGUCAAUCCUGCACAGCUGUUUGCCAACAUGCACCUGAACUAUCAGUACAAGCCACCACCUCCAUAUCCGUAUGGCCAACGUCCGAGUGCGAGCACACCAGAUUUGACGCGCAACCAUCACCAGCUUCGAGCAAGUGCAAGCCCAGAUCUGGUGUCCCGUCGUCACCUCAGCCAGAGCACUAUUCAGGGGUCGGAGCCAAAUUUGCCACAUUACCAGGCAGCCGUCAAUGGUAACAUGAUGUCCGAGUCUCUGAGAUCGAUUGUGGAGCCUCCAAGGCCUGUGCUCCCAACCUAUGUUCCAGUCGGAGAAUCAUGGAAUGCGCAAGUAUCUGGAGUUGCUCAGCCCCAGAGGAUUCAGGUGUGUGUCAGCUCUCCGACGACGCGGGAACAAGUGGCAGCAGCAGCGACCAAGCCAGUAGAUGCCACCCCUGUGCCGCCCCCGAGGAAGCAGGUGACUGAGGAAAAACGAGAGCCUCCAAGUCAAGAGGCAUCGCCAGCACAUCCACUGGGUCCCAUGAUGGUGGCAGCCAUGAAUGGUCUAACUCUGACAGUAGCCCAGCCAGACCAGCUGCUUACCGGUGACCAGAGCAGUGGGGAUCAGGAGUCGCCAUCAACCACCACGUCCAAAGAGUUACGGCCUGAGCAAAUCCUUGAGAGCCGACUGGAGGAUGGCCAGGUCUUCCUCGAGUUUGAACGCAUUGCCAAGCGUAAGCCCAAUGCUGACUUCACAACGGCACUGCUCUCGGAGAACACCUCUCGCAAUCGCUUCAGCGAUGUCCUUCCAUACGAAGAGAACCGUGUACGACUGACUCCAACAGCUGACAACCGAACAGGCUAUAUUAAUGCCUCCCAUGUUUCCGCGAGCGUGGGGGAUAGCCAGCGCUUCUACAUAGCGGCGCAGGGACCCACGAGGGAGACUGCCAAAAGCUUCUGGCAGAUGGUCUGGGAAAACCAUGUGGGUGUGGUUGUAAUGCUGACAGAAACUGAAGAUGAACAUGGCCGUGAGAAGUGCUUUCAGUACUGGCCUACAGCUGAUGGUGAUGACGCAGCACUGUCAUUUGGCGAAUACCGAGUCACUAGGAAGGGUGUCGUGUCUUCUGCAGUGGCUGUGACGACCUCACUGACUGUGAGCAGAUCCCAAGGUGUCGCUUGCAGUCACCGAAACGUCUGGCAUCUUCGGUAUACAGACUGGCCUGACCAUGGCACGCCAGGGGACAUUCAGGGUUUCCUUGGUUUCAUGGAGGAAGUGGACUCUGUGCGCAGGCUGGCCUCGGGUGACCAGCGUCUGCUGCGAGCACGCAACACACCCAUGGUGGUCCAUUGCACUGCAGGUGUGGGCAGGUCGGGUGUGGUGAUUCUGUGCGACAUCUUGCUCUUCUGUCUGGAUCACAAUGUUCCAGUGGACGUGCCGAGAGUGCUGAGCUCUGUUCGAAUGCAGCGCAUGCUCAGUGUACAGACUCUGGCACAGUACAAGUUUGUGUACCACGUGUUGAUACGGUACCUACGGAAUUCACGCCUCAUAUAAGCCCUUGCGCGGCGAUUCUCGGGUAUAAUCAUCGAAUGCUGAAGAGACGAGCUGAUGCUUUGGCAUUACCAGCAAAACUGCUAGCGACUUUAGGCAGCUUGGUAGUCAUCGAACGCAUGAUGCCUGUCCUCUACACCACCUGUGUUGUGUGAUUCCUUGUCUGUGCCAGCGCCUGUCUAAAAACCCACACCAAGUGAUGUCUGGCAACCACUGUAACUUUCAAGCAGUAGUGCGCUACCUACACACUGGCAUCUUACGCAGAUGAAAUCGGGAACAAGCAUGCUCUAAACGCAUCAAAAGCCAGUGCUACAUCUCCCUCUUUACGCAGCUGGAGUCUGCUCCAAGCGAUAAAGUACUGUCAAGUCUUUCAAAUGCACUUUGCAAAAAGAAAUCAAAGGUUGUUGCCCAGAUGCUGAAAUCUACCACUGUUCACCACUGCAGUUGAAUGUCGGUGUUCUACUUAGCUCCUACAAGACACGACUCUCUCUGCUUGUGUCAGUGAACUGUGCCAUUGUUUUAUGGAUGGAAGGAAAGGUCUUCACUGUUUAUACUUGUAUGUAGAUACCAUCGUGGGGGGUUGUGAAGUGCCGACAUCAUGCACAUGCAGACUUUGGCAUUUCGCAACAGGAAAACCUCCAGUGCCUUUGAUCAACAAGUUCAAGGACACUCGCUGACAAAAUGUUUUCGGUUGACGAAGGCCUUUCAAUAAGUGACCCACCAGGGGUAUGACAGUUGCCGAGUGGUCGCAUGUUGCCUUGGGAACUUUCUCACCACAUGGGUCGAUGUGCGUUGUUCGAGGCUCGCUCUGCCAUGGUUUCUCGGAAUGCCUCUGCCUACUGUUCGGCAAAUCAUGAUGCACUCGGGUUUGGCAAGCAAGAUUACGAGUACAUUGACAAAGUUGCGGCGACGCACAGUGUUUGGUGGUCGAGCUAUUCAUGUGGGCCACAUUGUUUCACUCUGGCCAGUGAAUUACCCUGGGGGUCAGUUGAGGUUUGGUGCCUUGGCGUCGACAUUUUGUUAUCUGUUACAUAAAGCCGAAUAGCUGUAGUUGCACAAGUGGCCUUCCAGAGCUUUUCAGCGGAAGCAAAUUAUUCGAAAUCUCUGUCAGAUACGUUGUAGGCACAGGCUGCCUUUGCAAGGAAGCAUCAUCACGGGUCUCUUAGCAGCGCUAUACUGAACGUUAUGUGAAUGAUCGCGACAGGUAUAAAUGGCUGGUCAUGGUGCACUGCUGGCUCAUCCAUGCUUCAAUUUCAUGCAGAGGUAGCCUUAGAAGUGCAAGAUUUAUAAUACCAUGUUCGAGGGUAAUGCUUGCCUCUAUUGUCCAGGGUAAAUCACAGCUACACAUCAUUUGGUACCGUAAACGUCUGCAUAUUUGUGAAUGAAACAGUGGCACUGUCUGUCAUUGUUAUGGACAUGUUUUGUCCAAUAUCAUUGCAAAUGACGCCUACUUCUGAUUUAUUCUGAAUGAAAUGGGCAAUCGCUGCAUUCGAACAUUGCAUUAAACAAAACACACUGCAAAAUGCUACCUGCAUGUGAAAUUUGAGCUUGGACAAUCUACCAGAUUAGCUGAAAGAGUCCUUUAUGACCAUCUACUUUAUUUAUUUAUGCUCUGUAGAUGCUGUGCAAGCAUUGAUUACUUUUUGUGGAGCCUAGUACUCAAGUCUUCAUCAUUGAGAGUGCUAACUUAGUACUAGCUGCCUGCAGGUUUCUUGAAGCAGGAAAAUGUAUAAAAAGGAAAUCGUUGCAGUCAAAACAGCGGAUCUUGUUUAAUUUGACUGAACGUGUAAAUCUGCAUGCCAUUCGCUGGGCCUUUGUGGACCUGUUGGUAAUGUUUGAAAAUGCGUGCUUGCUUUUUUGCACUUUUUUACAUUGUUGGUUUCAGGCAGCAGAACUGGAAAUGUGACGUAAUUUGGUAAGUUGGUAACAUGAUAGCGAAAGAGUUAAAGAGCAAAAUUGUGAACGUCGACCAGGUGACCUGGUUUUCAACUAGAUAAGAGAGUACUGGUUUGUCCAAUGCCAUUGUGCUUUAUAGAUUGAGGCCAGAAGUAUUCAAAAUCGUGUUGAAGCAUUCACUUCACUAGUAAUGAAGUUAAGGGUAGUUGUGGACAUAUAACUGAUAUGAAUUAUGGCAGCUGAUGCGCUGAAUAUAUCUUGACCUUUUUUGUUAUAUCUACAGUUGGUCAUUUUACUGUUUGUGUUGCUGAUUAUAGGCAAGUUGUUGGAAGCAUUUUUGAAGCGUUUUGGUUGUGAAAAAGUUAAAAACGAAUGUGGGCAUAGGCUGAAUAACUGAUGUUUAUUUAGGCAGCUGAUUUUCGUUUAUGCCUGUACAUUUUUUUUAAACAGUUUUCUUUGUUGAAAUGUGUAUUAGAAGGCAUCGAAAGCCGUGUUGUGUGGGCGGUGCACAAACGCUUAUGUUAUUGUUUUCUCUUUCUGUACUGAGCACACUGACACACCGUGCAAUUUGUAGAUGCAAAUCUUCACUGCACAAUCACAUGCAAAUAACCAUUGUUAGCGCCCUCUUUCACCGGAGAGCUCACACGUCAUGUGCCCGUCACUGUGUAUGUCACUACCUUUUAACGUGAGCAAUUGUGUGCACUUAACUUAUUGUUAACAUAACAGCGAGGAACGCCGAUGACGAUAUUGACUGGUAGAGAGUCAUGCCGAGCUUGCUGUUCUAUUUCUUUUUUUUUUCGUAGCAUCCGUCCACGGUGAGACUUGUUUGUUGACAACUGUUUACAACAUGAACUGCUGAAGAUGUAGAGGAAUGUAGAACUAUUUUUGGAACCUUUUUUGUGUUGCCUACCUUAAGGUGAAUGCCUUGUUGCCACCGAUAAUAAAAGACAGCCGGUAACUAUUCAAGAAAA